GAAAAAGAUUGGCAGGUCGGGUCUUCAAAGAGCAGACUGCCGUCCGCGGGCCGCUGGAAUUUUAUACCCAGGGAUCGCUGUGAGGUAAAAGGGUGUCUGUCAGGUAAAGGGCUUGGCGUCCUGGACUAAACAUCUGGAAAGCUGCGCUUGCGUCCGCUGGGAGGAAGCGGCCAGCGGCGGAGAGGGUGCCCCACCGUGUACUGAGUUGGGUUGCGGAGGACUCAGGCGAGCAUGAUAACAUAUGGAGAGAGAAAGCUUUUCUCAUUUGUAACUUCCGUAUUCAUCAAUCUCUGAUCAAAUAAAUCCUUCCCUCCUUUUAAACUUCUGGGUUUAGCAUAGGCAUGUAUUGUCACGCUCAUCCUCUCCCUCAGCGAUUUUGUCUAUUUCUUCAGUUUGGAUCACCCAGAGCGCUGUUCCGGUUUCCACACGCGCACGCCCGCCCACUGCUGCCGCCAUUUUAGAAGAGGCGUAAGACUUCCGGGUCGUGACCUUUCGUUGCCUGGGUAACGGAAGCAGGGUUUUUGCUGCCGCUUUCCUUUGCAUUUUGUGUGAAAAGAAGUGGUUCCCAUGGCAGACUCACGCGAAGCCUGUGCACUACUGUAACCUCCCUUCUCUUGGACGUCAUUCCCUCAGUGUUGUUGCUCGCCGCGCCGGGGACGCGAAGGGACCCGAGGGGCUGACGGCACCCGGCUGGGAAGCGAGGAGUGGUGUGUGGAGGGCACCACAGGGUACCGUGCAUUGUGAGCACUCUGGGGGCGCAGGCAGUGCCUUUCGCCGGGCUCCUCGUGGCCGUCACCCGGACACUUGGGGAAACUUCGCGGCCCCGCUGUGGCCAGAGCCCCGGACACUGGGAAGGAGCGACUUCGAUUGGCGCUGGGGCCUGAUUCCCAACAUCCGGUUCAGCUGCCAAAGAACCUGCAGCCGCUGAGCAGUAGGCAUCUACCCAGAAACUACAAUUGUAGUAUGCAGAAGGGAAGAGGAAGAACAAGUCGGAUCAGAAGGCGAAAACUCAUUCGAGGUUCUGAAUCUAGAGGAGUGAAUGAGAGCCAUAAGCCCGAAUUUAUAGAGCUAAAGAAGUGGCUGAAAGAUAGGAAUUUUGAAGACACAAAUUUAACACCUGCUCAAUUUCCAGGUACAGGAAGAGGGCUGAUGACCAAGAAAUCCCUGAAGGCGGGACAGAUGAUUAUUUCACUACCUGAGAGUUGCCUGCUCACCACGGACACAGUUAUUCGAAGCUCGUUAGGGGCAUACAUCACUAAGUGGAAGCCUUCUCCAUCUCCUCUCUUGGCCCUGUGCACCUUUUUAGUUUCAGAAAAGCAUGCUGGUCAUCGGUCUGUCUGGAAGCCUUACCUGGAUAUUUUACCCAAGUCCUACACCUGCCCUGUUUAUUUGAAGCCAGAAGUGGUGAAUCUUCUUCCUGAACCUUUAAAAGCAAAGGCCAGAGAGCAGAGGGAUUCUGUUCAGGACUUUUUUGCUUCCUCCAGGGACUUUUUUUCUUCCCUGCAGCCUCUGUUUGAAGAGGCCAUUGACAGAGUAUUCAGCUACAGCGCCCUCCUGUGGGCCUGGUGCACCAUCAACACCAGAGCAGUGUACCUGAAGACCCGGAGGCAGGCCUGUCUUUCCUCAGAGCCUGACACCUGUGCCCUAGCUCCUUACCUGGAUCUGCUGAAUCAUAGCCCGAAUGUCCAGGUAAAAGCAGCAUUUAAUGAGGAAACUGGCUGUUAUGAAAUUAGAACUGCUUCAAGUUGUAGAAAACACGCAGAAGUGUUCAUCUGCUAUGGCCCUCAUGAUAACCACAGACUGCUCCUGGAAUACGGAUUUGUUUCCCUCUGCAAUCCUCAUGCUUGUGUUUAUGUCUCAAGAGAAAUACUUGUUAGAUAUCUUCCAUCAACAGAUAAACAGAUGAACAAAAAGAUUUCCAUUUUAAAGGAUCAUGGCUUUAUGGCAAAUUUAACGUUUGGGUGGGAUGGACCAUCUUGGAGGUUACUCACAGCUCUGAAGUUGCUAUGUCUGGAAGCUGAAAAAUUUACUUGCUGGUCUAAAGUGCUCCUUGGAGAAGUGAUUUCAGAUACAAAUGAGAAGACAAGUUUGAACAUAGCGCAGAAAAUAUGUUAUUAUCUCAUAGAGGAGACUACUGCUGUGCUUCAAAAGCAGUUAGCCUCUGAGAGCUUUCUCCUGGUGCCAGGGAAACCACUCAACCCAAAUACUUCCACCAGCCUGGAUUUAGAAGGUAAGGCAAGGGCCAGGGCUGCAAUGAGCCCACUUUCCAAUUAUCGGGACAGCAAAUAAUCUUAACUUUGCCCUUAUUGCAAAGGGAGACUGAGUGUUUGAAGAUAAAAGUGAGUUCAGAAUAUCGCUAGAAAAGCAGGUCAGGCCGAAAGGAGUGUGAGAAACAGGCAGUGCAGACCUUUGCUUCAUCGGUGAGUCCUCAAGACUUGGUUGAGUUCCACGCCUCCUAGGCCUCAGAUUGUGGCCCACGUCUUAGUCGUGCACUUGGAACUCUGACAAGUGCUGGGGUCCGCCCUGUGAGGGCCUCGCUUCAUUGAUCUGGGUGGGGUGUGUCCGGGCACUGGGAGUGGGUCACUGAAACUGCCACGGAGCCGUUCUGAGCCUAUGCCAUACAGGAGAGACGCGAGACUUCUCCCCGCUGGAACAUUCUGCUUUCAAAAACCUUUAAUUACAGUAAUUUUGGGAGGCAGGAUAGAGAGUGUCCAUUCCUACCGGCCACCUUUAUGCUGCAUCAAUCUUUUAAGUAGCACCAGUCGAUGUGUAUAGACCAAUCCAGGGAUCAAUCGCUUUUAUCAUUU